AUGGGAGAAGAUUUUAGUAGGCAACAACAGUUCCCCAAUAUUCAGUAUAGCACACUAAUCUCAAUAGUCAUGCGUAGUUUUGAGACACUUAUAGAGAAUCAUGUUGGAACGAACUUCAAGCCAAAAAUGCUGCGCUAUCUCUUUACGAGGCUUUCUGACACAACUGAAUUUCCAGACCUCCCUUUCCGAACUGGUGUCAAACGCGAUCUAGCUGAGCGGGUAAAUAAUGCUAUUUGUACCAAUCAAGAAAUAAUUUAUCCUGCUAAUCUGGAAGUUGCCGAUACUCACAAAACCUCAAUCAACAAUCUUAUUGAUGAAUGCCGCCAAAGAUUACAUGGCUUGAACCUGACUGAAGCAGAUUACUAUGUUAAACCUCACUUGUAUUUGCCGUGGCUAUACCAUGUUUUAGAAAGAAUGGAGCAACAAGUCAUCAUUCCUAGGACAAAAGCUUCUAUCUCCAGGAAUGAAUUCAGGCCUGGACAGUUUAUUGAUCCUCGUGGCGCUCGUCUCUUCAACAUUCUACGAGUAUACAGUCUUCAGCAACGAUAUAUCCAGAUUAAUCUUCAAGGCAUUAGCAAGAUAAUUAGGCAAUCUAGAAUAAGACCAUCGGUAACAGCCAAUGAAGAUAUGAAAGAUGUAUGCUGGAGCCUCUUUAGUAUGAACCAUAUUGGUUUUCGUUCAAGAAAUGACCUUGAUGGAAAAGCAUUAUCAGACAAGAGCUUUACUGGUGUUAUUCGUACUGAUGGUAUUGCUUUGGAAUUUAUUUGUGAACGACCUUCCCAUGCUGCUGAAGCCACUUUGACACCUGUUGAUAUUGCCACUAAGGUUGAUUUAAAUACUGCUACUGUAUGGGGGUUGGAUCCUGGAUUGCGUGAUGUUUUUGUUGCUUGCAACGGUGUUAGUACUGGUGCUGGCCAAAGUAGACAAAGACAUAGAAUACGUAAAACUUCCACAAGCGAAUAUUAUCAACUUUCUGGAUUCAAAUCUGCUGCCAUAAAAAGAGCCAAACAUGAUCGAGCCAAUGUUGACGCAUGCCGUCUGAUUUCUAAUACACCAUCAACAAGGACGUGUAACUGGGACCAGUUCAAUGAAGCUUUGUGAUAUAUAUUUCGGAACUUUGAGGCAAUUAAAGGCUAUUACACAACCGGGUUGAAAAAGCUCAAAUAUCACGGCUAUAGAAACAAGCAAAAAGCAUUGACCGAAAUGUGUAAACGGUUGUUUAAAAGUAGCAGAAAAUACCAAGAAGGCAAUCCUGAUAUACAGCAAGCAAAUUAGCAAAAUGUGGAAACCGUUAGCCCCUAGAGACAAUGCCGGUGAAGCUGAAAGGCCUACUGUAGUGGCAUUUGGUUCUGCCCGGUUCGGUGGGCUCCGUGGGAAUGUACCUUCUCCAACAAAGGCGUUCAGAAAAGCCUUGCUAAAUUAUGUCAAAUCAACCAGACGCAACCAGCCAAUUUCAAGAAAGUACGUCGUUAUGAUUGAUGAGUAUUUCACAAGUCAAAUAUGUCCCAGAUGCCAUACAAGAAGUACUUCCAACCAACGUGAUAACUCCAAU